UAACCCACGACUGUGCAAACGAUGGAGCAGACGUACUCCAGCAGAGCGGACUUGAAAGACAUGCCAAUGGAGAAUGCGGACUGGGACCUGUUUGUAGAUGGUAGUAGCUUUAUGCGGGACGGAACGCGGAAAGCGGGAUAUGCUGUGGUAACCAUUAAAGAGGUAUGUCACUGUGAGCGCACUGCUAUCCCUGGACGUGCCUGUGCAUCAAUACCAACCCGGAGACUGGGUGUAUCUGGGGACAUGGUCAGAUGAACCGUUGAAGGAAAAGUGGAAAGGACCUUUCCUGAUCUUACUCACCACUUACACAGCUGUCAAGCUCGAAGGAGUCGCCCAGUGGAUACAUUACAGCGGGAUUAAGCCAGCCACAUCACCAGUAUGGACUGUCAAACAAAAAGGACCUUUACGCUUAAAAUUAACUUGGGAAUCGUGAAGUUAUGGGUUGUAUCUUUUGCAGUGCUGUCAGGAAGUACAGAGAUUAAUAUAGACGGAGAAACCAAUACAGACAUAGAUGAAAACUUAAUUCUAACCUUAAUAGUAGGAUUUGGUAGGAUGCAUAAUCUUACCACUGUAACAGCAUGUAUCCCAAUUCCUCAUUCGGCUAGUCAACCCAUCCCAUGGGGCAUUAUACCGAUAAAUUCGUCUUUAUUGGAGGAAUAUGAUAUCAUUACAGAAGCCUUUAAACAGGCUAAUGUUUCUCAUUACUUAGAUAAAGAAAACAUGUGUAGACAAAAAGGUAGUGAUGUUUUACAAGAUGCCACUUCUUGGAGACCAGGGGACAAUAGAACAGUAUUUGGGAGAGGCUCAAGUGCACAAUGUCCUGGUGGAUCACUCGCCUUAGAUACUGGGUUUCUGACAGCGGCAUUAACAGCCUCUGGUGGACAAGCUGCAGGACUAUUAAAUCUUUGUGUCACUAACAACAUAGUACCUAAUGUAACUACUACUCCAGAAUGUACUAACCUUAGGAAAAAAAAUCAGAACUUGGACCAGGCCUUUGGAAGGGCACUGGAAAUAUAUGGGAGAUGUAGAUUGGUGCUUUGAUUGGGGAGCAAAGGCUAUCCACAGCAAUAGCAAAGCUGAUUGGAGAUGCCCCAAUGUCCUAAAUCAUAGUAAGAUAUCGAUCCUAAAUUCUGCUUUGAUGAUGGAACAGUGUAAGAAACAAAAUUCUUUGAAUGAAAAUUGUAGACAAGAAAUUCCGUCCCCAGGUUACACGACAUGGGUCAUGUCGGAUGGAUAUUGGACUACCCGACUACAGUUCAGUGCAGUAACUAGACAAGUAACUUUAGGAUUAUUGACCCUAUGCCCCACAUGGAAAAAGAAUCCAAUCAAAGCCCAAUAUUGGGGACGAACUAAAAGAGAUACUGUAACAGAAAAAGACCCUGAUACCUGGACAGGACCCUCAGCAGCAGUACAACUUGAUUGGGGACUCCAAAGUUUCCUAUUACCAGGACUGAUGGCUUUAGAAGAUCGAAUGCUGAUAGAAAAUUUGACCUGGCAAGUAGAAACCCUGUUUAGAGCCACUCGGAAAGGAUUCCAGAUUAUUAACAAACAGGUCCAAGCUAAUACUAAAAUGACCUUACAAAAUAGGCUAGCCUUAGAUUUGCUUUUGGUCAAAGAACAAGGGGUGUGCGGAUACUUUAAAUUAGACAAAGAACACUGCUGUAUCCACAUCCCAAAUAUAACUGACAAUCUACAAGAACAGUUAGACAAAAUGAGAAAAGUAGCUGAAGACAGCAGAGCAAUCGGAGAUGUAGCAGAAAAUAGGUGGCUCAACAAAAUUCUCCAAGAAUUAAGCGGAUGGUCUUUAAAAGGAUGGUUAGCUACAUUGUUGGAAGGAGCAAUUUAUGUGAUUAUAAUUGUAGUUGUUAUAAGGAUCUGCAUAGGUUGUGUUAAGAAAACCCUUGAGAAAAAUAUAUGGAAGUAGUAAGAAAAUCUAACUACUUCCAAAGGGGGGAAUUAUUACCAAAGACUUAGACAAUUUGAUGAAGGGCCCCUUUGUGUAAAUUUUGUACAGAUAGAGCAAGCAGGCUUGCAUACCAGAGAUGAGCAAGUCUGCGUACCAAGGACAAGUAGGCCUACAUACCGAAGAUUAGCAAGUAACAACAUGUGAUAAAAGGGCAAGAUGUUCCUCAAUAUCGGUAUUGUACCCCCUGGCUCUGCUGACUGAAUUACAAAAUGAGCCAAACCUGGAGAAGUCCUUCGUAACUAGGGGAAAGGUGAA